AUGCCAACAGGACGGGCAGGCAGAAAAUUUGAGGAGUUGAGCAGCGUGCGUUUCCUUGACAAGGACGGCUACAUCAACAAAGAGGGCUUCACGAAGGACGUUGCGGCCAUUUCGUCACGUUUUGAGAAGAAGAACAAGCAGCAGUAA